AUGGUUGUCCACAACGUCAAGAGCAAGGCCGAGUUCGACACCACCCUGAAGGAGCACGACUUCGUCCUCGUCGACGCUUUUGCCACCUGGUGCGGUCCUUGCAAGGCCAUCGCCCCCAUUCUCGUCAACCUCUCCAACGAGGAGAAGAACAGCAAGAUCCACUUCGUGAAGAUCGAUGUGGACGAGGUCCCCGAUGUGAGCCAGGAGCUCGGUAUCCGCGCCAUGCCCACCUUCCUUAUCUUCCAGAAGGGCGAGAAGGCCCAGGAGAUCGUCGGUGCCAACCCUACCGCUCUUAAGCAGGCUAUCGAGAAGUUUGCCGAGCUCGCCAGCACCGAUGCAUAA